AUGCGGGUGGCGGUGAUCGGCGCGGGCAUCAGCGGGUUGGCGUCGGCCUACACGCUUGCCAAGGCCGGCGUCGACGUGGUGCUCUACGAGAAAGAAGACUACUUGGGCGGCCACGCCAAGACCGUCACAUUCGAUGGCGUCGAUCUCGAUCUUGGUUUCAUGGUCUUCAACCGGGUUUUAAUUGCCAACAGGGAUCUUAGAAAUUCCGCUGGGAAGAAUAUAAGAGGUUGGUGGACGCCAUUACUUUUGACAGCUGGAGUUGCUUCCGCAAGAUCCUUUUUGUGGCACAUCUCGAGACGGAACACUACAACACAAGCUCGUCAGAACAUCUCUCGUCAUUAUGAUCUGAGUAAUGACUUCUUCUCUCUAGUUUUGGAUGAGACAAUGACAUAUUCCUCUGCAAUUUUCAAGACAGAGCAUGAGGAUUUGAAAAUUGCCCAACUACGCAAAAUCUCUCUUUUAAUUGAAAAGGCUCAAAUCAAUGACAAGCAUGAAGUUCUUGAGAUUGGUUGUGGUUGGGGAAGUUUAGCAAUUGAGGUUGUUAAGCAAACUGGUUGCAGAUACACAGGAAUUACCUUGUCUGACGAGCAGCUAAAGUAUGCUAAAAGAAGUGCAAAAGAAGCUGGACUUGAGGAUCACAUUAACUUCAUGCUGAUUGACUAUCGCCAACUACCAAAUUAUCACAAAUAUGACCGAAUCAUAUCUUGUGAAAUGAUUGAAGAAGUAGGUCAUGAAUACAUGGAGCAGUUCUUUGGUUGUUGUGAAUCUCUUCUUGCCGAAGAUGGCAUAUUUGUCCUCCAGUUCAUAUCAAUCCCAGAUGAACGCUAUGAUGAAUACAGGAGAAGCUCUGACUUCAUUAAGGAAUACAUCUUUCCGGGAGGAUGUCUUCCUUCUUUGAGUAGAAUAACAACAGCUAUGGCUACUUCAUCUAGAUUUUGCAUUGAGCACCUUGAAAAUAUCGGCAUUCAUUACUACCAAACACUUCGAUGCUGGAGGAAUAAUUUCUUUGCGAACAAGGAAAAAAUUCUUGCCCUGGGAUUUGAUGAGAAGUUUUUUCGCACAUGGGAGUAUUAUUUCAUGUACCGCGCGGCUGGUUUUAAAUCAUGUACGCUUGGAGAUUAUCAGAUAGUGUUUUCUCGUCCUGGUAACUUGAGAGCUUUUGGUGAACCAUUCAACAGCAUUCCCGCUACCUGUCGUUGAUUUUAUAUGUUCGUUUGGUUUGUCGGUUGUGUAAAUUAUUAUGAUUACCCAGAAAAGACGCUCUUUCAUUUU